CUCAACUUACAAAGAUAACAGGAUUAAGAGAUUAAAGUAAGACAGGCAUAAGAAAUUGUAAAAGUAUUAAUUUGGGGAACUGAUAAAUGUUCAUAUUAAAACGAAAUCUUUGCAGUUUAUGUUCAGAGAUUGCAGUAAAGACAGGCAUAAGAAAUUAUAAAGGUAUUAAUUUGGGGAACAGAUGUAUGUCCAAGAAAUCUUCACAAUUUAAGUUCCUCUACUGUGGCUCCAGCCAGUCCCUCUUUUUGGGAUCCCUGACUUCCCGCAACAAGUGGGAGCUGGGAACAGGCAGGAGCCCUGCCCCUUUCUGAGUUUAUGGGGUGGGACCCCACCCUCUUGGUUGCAGCUGCAGCUGCCUAACCAUGGCUGCAGACCUGGGCAUCCCUGAACUCUUGGAGGCCCAGGUAGUCCUCCCUGACCCCAAAGGCUCAAAAGUCUCUCCUCCCACUCCCUGGCCUCUCCCUGUUCCUGGUGCCCACUCUAAUUUUGGAGAAAAGUUGAGGCUGAGCCUGGGUGCUGUCACAAGCUGGCUAGGUGUGCACACUUGGAGCAACUCUAACAUGCUAGACACCUGACACCUCACCCCCUUCUGGACUUUUGGUACUGACAGGCAUGUGAGGGAGGCUGAGGGGGGCUGAGGGCAGGUUGGCAUGGGCCUGCACGUGCCCCAUGACACAAACAGCCUGGGUUCCAUGGACAACAUCAUCGAUGGUGGCAGGAGGUAGACAGGCUUCUGGGCAGAAAGGGGUACAUCCCUGGUGAAACCUCACCUUCAAGCCAAGGAUGACCUGAAGCAUGGGGGCUGGGCUUUCAUUUCCAAGCACAGUUUGUGGCCUGGAGUGAGAACUUAUAAUGCAUUUUCCGGACCCACCCAUGGCUGUUGAUGAACUAAUAAGUGUACACCUCUACCCUUCUGAAGCCAAUAAAAACUCCAAACUCAGCCAGACUCACAGAGCUGUUGAGAUGACCAGCUGUAGGAAGGAGAUACCCAGUUCGGGUCUCCUCAACUUGUCCAGAUGACCAGCUUGUGAAAAGGAGCUACCCACUCUGGGUCUCCUCUCUGCUGAAUGUUGGACACUUGUUGGGACGACCUGCCUGUAGAAAAGAACUACUCACUUUAGGUCUCCUGAGAGCCAUUCUGUCACUCAAUGAAGCUCCUCUCUUCCUUACUCACCCUCCAGUUGUUUGGGUACUUCAUUCUUCCUGGACACCAGAUAAAAACUGGAGACUUGCUGAAUCAUAGGACUGAAACAGCUGUAACACAAACAGGGCUGAAGUAUGCCCCCUGCUUGCCACAUUGUAGGUGACAAGGAGAGAAGAGCUGCAGCCCUCAGCAAGCCCAGAACUAGGGGGUCCCUGAGCCAGUGUUGUGACACCCUCUUUGGGGCUCUGCAAUUUGUGAUAUCAUCAAGCUUUUGGGCACCAUUGUGUUCCUCUUAUCUGGAUGCGCGUGUCUGCAGUAGAAGCCAUGUGCAGUAUAUCAGGUCCGGUUGCAGCCUCGCAUGGAGAUGACAUCUGUGCUGGCAUCUGAAGCUGCCCACCCUGCCCCAGCAGCUGACAUGCCUGACUCUGUGCAGUGGCUGGACUCUGUGUUUGCUUGCUCACACAACCCUUGCCUCUCCACACCUGGCUCACCCUUGGUAGGUGUGGGAUCUGGAGCCAUAGCCAAGUGUAGCCUGCUGGGCCAAGUGGGUGGAAUGAGCCCAGUGAGCAUGAGCAACACUCAGGCAGAAGGUGCUGUUGGCCACAGAGCUUUCCAGAUGGUGAAGCAGCACACCAGGGAUCCUGACAAGAACACACAUAGGAAUAUCCACGAAUCUUAUACCUCACACUCCUAUUUCACUAUCCUUGUGUGUAUCAAGGACACAUGCUAAGGUCAAAUUGUAUGUCUUUCUACCUGAGAUUCUGUGCUUCUUCUCUCUAUAAUUCUUAUCUUUCGUACACGAGGCAUUGUCAAGAUAUUGCAAGUUUUACUGUGGCCCACAGUUUGGUUUUUGCAUCCCUGCCCUUUUUUGCUGAGCCCUCUGUUUCCUUACUUUCUUUAUGCCUCUAUCUGUGACCCUACAAAGCUCUUAACCUCACUUGUUACUGUUCUGUGACCUAAAUAAGAGUAUGAAUGAAUUCUAUUAUUGACAGGGAGAAUGGUUGGGUAUGCAGUCCUCUGCUUGAAUAAAUAAUGUGUAAUGGUCACUGCCAUGUAUUUUGGAGGUUAAUUUCUGCCUCUCUGAGGUUGCACAAUUUACCUUGUCUGUGUCAACAUUGCUGCCUUACUCAGGGAUUGGUCCCCUUUAUCAAUUUUCAGUUUUCUUGCAUAUGAUCUAUCCAAUUUCAGCUCAAAUUUUCCAUAAGUUACAAAUAUCAUUUUCAGGAAAGAAUAAUAAUCUAAAAUAGUUUUCUGUUUUUCUGGUGGUGAGAGAUUUUAUCAUCUUAGGGAGAAUAUUGCUUUUUUUGGAAACUGUCUUUCUAAGCCAUCUUGAGGUAGGAAAAUACUGACAAGUUUUUGGUUUUAGUUAGUGCCAAGACUUCUAAAAAAGAUGAGAAAAAUAAUACAUAAUAGACAAGGUGAAAUUGUUUCUUCUGUGUGAGACAGAGAGUCAGAAAGGAAAAAGGAGACAUGAAAGGAGAUCAUGAUAAUAGUAUCAUGUAUCAGUUUCUAUGAACCUCAAGUCAUUGGUAAAUCAAAGACCAUCAUAAAAUGCUUGGGAUAUUUGAUUUUGGGUUGAUAUGGAAACUAAACAGAGAUGAAAUGCUUGAAUUUAGGGGCUAGAGGUAGAGGUGACAUGGAUAUUUUGAUUCUAUGGAUAUUGGAGAGGUUCUUAGACUUUCUCCAAAUGUGAAAUCAGUAAGGAUUCAAGGACAUUUCAACCUAGGGCACUGAGGAAGAGGAAAUUUCCAAAUGACAUCUGAAUUACCUAUACAUUCAGCCAAUCUCAGGUCUCAUUCUAUCAUGUCUAGCUCUUAUUUCUGAAGCUUCCAUAAUAAGAGUUUUGUAUCUACUUUAUAUUACCCACAGAUACUGGCUUGUGACCUCCCAGGGGCUCCUAAACUGGUAGAAGUUUCUAGUCUUGGGUUAGGGUGGGAGAUUCUCAUUUGAACACCGUUUGUAUACUCAGUUUAAAAUGAACAUAUGGAUCUGUUGCCUGGUUUCAUGAUUCUAAAAGUAAGAUUGGAUCAAUAAGAGGAAAGAUAGACAAUGCCAAUUACCUUUCCUUGUAUUUCCUUGUAUCUCUAGUCUAGAUUUUUAAAUUUCCUGGUUGAUUGCUUUUUCAAAAAAUAAAUUUUAUUUGAGGUUUACAAAAUAAUGCUAUGAGUUAUAUGUAAAUACAUAGGUAUAUAUAGAUACUAUAAUGGUUACUAUAGUAAAGCAAGAUUAUCAUAUUUAUCAUCCCACAUAAUUACCUUUUUUGCUUUACUUUUUAGUUCUAAUCUCUGCCCUGGCCCUGCCUAGAAACCUGUUUUCUUUGGAAUGAUAUCCCUGUCUGGAUCUAACUAGUCCUGAUAUAGACUGCAUUUAUAAUUCUGAAUCACUAAUUCUUUUAGUUCUCUCACAACUGCCUGUUUAUUCUGCAGUUAUAUAUCAUUGGUUACCAAAUUUCCAAGUCUUUGUGAUCUAGGACCCUCACUGGUAACUUUUAGGAUUAUUGCCCCUUGGUUCUGUUCUCUUGCUAAUGACAAUACUGCCCAUCGUGUAUUAUUACGUCUUCUGGGGAAUUCAGCAGUCCAAGUAACCUGUUUGAACUCUAUCAAGAUGUCUUCUCUUUGUUUCAUGCUUAUUCAAAAUCUGGGACUUUUUAAAAUCAAAUUACAGCUUCUCCUGUUUUUAUUGGGUCUCUUCCAAUUUUUUAAAAUGAAUUAAGGCUUCAAUGGAUAUCCUUCCCUUUGUAAAAAGGCAUGACAUUAUCUGGGUGCCUGCCAGUGAUUAGACCCUCAACAUUCCGACUGAUUUUGGAAAGCAAAAGAAAAAUCUCUGCGAUGAAGGGGCUCUCUGGAAUUUUGCAUUGUAUAAAGGUAGAAAUAUCUUUGUCUGUUUAGUGACUCACAAUGUGUCUAUUGCUUUAUUGUUUCAAAGCUUCCUGGCAUAGCUUGUUUUAUGGACUAUCUUGAUGAGUAAUUAAUUACAAGUAAGUGGGGGUUUAGAAGGUGACAGAAAAACUUGCUUAAAAUGAUGCAAAACCAUAUCUGCCUAAGAAAAGCUAAAUUGUUUAAUUUGGAUGAGGAGUUGUAGGAAGACACAGGCUUCCCUCCAUUUUGGCCAAUUCCCUGCCCAAUUCCUGCCCUCCACCUUCCCAUCAGAGCCAAUUAGAACCAGGCAGUCACCAGUCCAUAAAAAAUGGGAUUCCAGGCAGGGCCAAGCAGGAAUACAAACUGAAGGAAUUAGAGGCCAAUGUUAGUCAUUCCUUUUACUUUUCCUUCAGCCACCAGAGUUUAGUCCAGGUAUGGCCAGGGUUCUCUCUUAGGCUUUCUGUUUGUACCCUCUCUUAAUUCUAAGUUCAUUAACCAGUCCAAGCUUCUACCUGUUACGUGGCAUCCCAUUUUCUCUGGACUAGGCUACUCCCUUGCUCUAAUUUGUUCUCUAUAUGUUUUGUCAUUGUACCAUUUCAGCACGUACAAAAGUUUUCGCUAUACUCCUUAAAAUUAUCCACUCACAAUCCCAUCUUAUAUGCUAUUUCAGAUAGAAGAAGGCUUACUGAAAGAAACCCACAGAAUUCCAAGUAUAUUAUAUCUGCCCAUAGCUUUAGGAAAAUAUAGCUACUGCUCUUCCAGUUUAUUGAUUGUCUGCCUAUCAUUGGUUUCUACUAAGAAGUAAAUGUGUUGGGUAGUGGUGAGAAGGGAUGUGUCUUUCGCUUUUCCCUCUUUUUCUCCUUGAAUAUUCAGAAACUAUUUCUUUUUCUGACUCAGAGGAGCAAGAAAUCAACUGGGAUAAUGGAGUGGGCAAAGGAGUAACAAGAAUAAAAAUCUAUUUCUCCAGCUUGCUUUACAAUCAGCAGUUUUAACAGAUAUUUAAUAUCUUAUAAUAUACUAUUCCAAGAGAAAGAACUUGCAGUUUAAGGAAAUGUUUUGAAAAAUGAGUGGUAUAAUCUCUCCAUGUUUUAUACAUCCCAAAUUAUCAUGUUUGACUACUAUAAAGACUAUUAUAUUCAAUAUUUUUGGUUUAUUUGUCAGCAAGACUAAGGUCUUUAUGUUUUUCUUAUCCCAGAGAAAUGCAAGUGGGAUGUCAAAGUCAUAUUUCUGUUCAUUCAUAUUCAUAUUUAACAGGUUUAACAUGUUACACAGUGUGGUAGUUUCGUUUCACAAACAUGAGACUAGUUCCAGUUAAUAUAUACAGUAACAUUUUGAGAAUUAAUAUUUCUCUUUUAUAAUGCCUUGAGCAUCACACAGUUAGCAAAUAGCAUGCAGGAUUAUAACAGAGGUCAGUCUGACUCAAUCCAUUACACUACUUUCUCAAGGUGUCUGUGGAUUAUCACAUGGAUCAUGAGGGUAUCAAAUUUCGAGCCUUUCUAGUACGGGAUUCUGGAAGUCAAUAAGAGUAGAUUCUAGGAUGUAGUUAAGAUUAAACAAGUUGGGCAGGCAGUUACUAUGACUCAGCAGACUUGCAGGGUUUAGGACCUAGCAGUUCAGAAUCAGCUAAAAUAGUCCCACAGAGCAGACUGAGCACAAAGCUUUGUUAUUGUUCAUUUUUGUUUGUUUGUUUUAUUUUGCUAUGUAUGAGCCUUGAUGCCUAAACCUGUUGUCAGCAAUAUUUUCAGAAAGGGCUUAGAAUAUGCUUGACUGUGGUGCUAUGUGAAACAGUGUCUGGAACAAAGUCGGACUGGCUCAAGACAAGGAACAGUGCUAGAGAGUCAUUCUCAGGAAUUUAGGAAGAGAAACCACAGCAGAAGCAGUGGCCACACAUGGGACACCAGAAAGAUGCAUAGAUCACAAGCAGACGAAAUUCCAGUAGGACAGAUUUCAUAAACCAGUUCUAGAGAAGUAGGCUAGGCAAGCCUCAAAAAUGUAAAGUAGAGACGUGGAGUGACAUGCCCACUGGAAUAUCUUGUAAACAUCUCAAAUUAGAUUUAAAGGUGUGGGUGGAUGAUUGACAAAAGUCUGGGUUAGCUGCUAGAUUUCACUCAAGCAGUGUGGAAAAACUCUAGUCUUUCCCAGGUUCACUUACAGAGUUUAGGGCUUUCUGACCACAAGAGAGGGACUGAUACUGACUUAGUCGUUGUUAGGGCAAUUGAUCCUUUUCUGUUCCUAAAAGAUCUUUACCAAAAAAUUUUAAUGUUGCCUCCACAAUAUUCCAUUUCAAUAAUGAGAAAUAUUCACUCUACUAACCUGCUCAGGCCUCCAACAGUGUGAGGACCACCUCAUUGGCUCUGGCCUUCCCUUUGAGAAAUGUCAAAUCCACCAUGCUUCUUAUCUUUAUCGUUGUAGGCCAUUCCAUAAUGCAAACUCCUGUAGCCCCUCUUCUCUUGGAUCCUUUCAUGCCUUUUCUCUUUCAUUUCUUUUUUCUCAUAUUCUAUCUAUUGACUCAGGAUGCUCAUUCUAUAUACAUUUACUCUACUCCAUGUUUUCACUAUAUUUAAAUAAUUAUCUUUUUUCUUUUUUCCUGUGAUGAAUAAUCUCAUUUGUUGAUUUGGUUAGGUUAUGGUAUCCAGUUGCUUGUCAAACAGCUGUCAGACAAAGGUGCUUUUGUGAAGAUGCUUUUUAGAUAUGAUAAACAUUUAAAUCGGUAGACUUUGAGUCAAGCACAUUACCUUCAAUAAUGUGGGUGAGGCUCACCCAGUGAGUUGAAGGCCUCCAGAAAAAACAACUGAGGUCCCCCAAGAAAGAAGGAGUUCAGCCUCCACUUGGCCUUUGGACUCAAGGCUACAUCAGCACCUCUUCCUUGGCUUUGCAGAUCGCUGGCCUGCCCUGUAGAUUUCAAACUUGCCAACUCCCACAAUCAUGGGAAGUAAUCCUUUCAAAUAAGUCUCUUUCUAUGUGUAAACAUCUUAUUGGUUUUGUUUCUCUGAAAAACAUUUACUCAUACAAUCCCUUAAAAAAACUUGACUCUGCCCCAUGGAAAUCACCUACCUUGUGGGUGUCACUAAUUGUUACUGUUUUUGCUCUCCCACACUAGACCAAAGAGCCAGGAAUCUGUCAGCAUUCUGAAGCUCCCAUAUACUUCCCACUUCUCUUCUUGUCAGGCGUGAUGGAGCCUGCAUUUUCCUCUUUAUCUGGAUACUUUGUGGCCAUUCUUCUCUUACAGAUAACAGUACUCACCUCAGCGCAGUUCACUGUGAGUAGCUCUAGGAGUCACCACGUGGUCAUGGUCGGCAGCCAGGCUGAGCUCAGCUGCCGGCUGUCCCCACCACAGAAUGCACAACUCAUGCAGGUGGGCUGGUUUCGGGAUCGCCAUUCCCAAAUGAUUUACCUGUAUGAAGAUGGGGAAGAACACUCUGGAGAAGGCAUUCAGAAUUACAUGAAUCGCACAGUGUUCCUGAAGGAUGCACUAGAAGAAGGCAAAAUUACCCUCCAGAUUUACAACGUCACUGUUUUUGAUGGUGGGCAGUAUCACUGCUUCUUUAAAGAUGGCCACACCUAUGAAGAAGGCAUUGUGGAUCUGAGGGUGGCAGCUGUAGGCUUGGGUGUGCAGAUUAAUGUUCAGGUUCUCAACACAGAGGGGUUUGUGGUGGAGUGUACCUCAGAAGGGUGGUUCCCACAAGCCCAGAUGGCGUGGACAGACAGCAGUGGGAAUGUAAUUCCACAUUCAUCAAAAUCUUACUCUCAGGAUGGAGCUGGAUUAUUACAUUUGCAGAUGACUAUUCUUCUAAAAAAUAGCACCCAUGGUCCUGUAACUUGCUGCUUUUACAACCCAGUCACUGGUCAAGAGAAAAGGGCAGGUAUUGUCAUAUCAGAUAUCCUGUUCAAAUCAGAAUAUAUGUCAUUGAUGUCACAUAAAAUUUCAUAUCCUUGGAUAUAUUUGAGCAUUGUGGUUGCUCUUCUGUUUCUCAGAAUAAAAGUUGCACAGAAUAUAAGGUGUGUUCACCUUGUGUUUCAGUGUCUACCUUUCCUGAUGUAUAUUGGCAUUUUGCCUAUCUAUUUACAAUUCAGGAAAAGAGUCUCUGUUUCAGAUGACCUGUUCUUAUUGUAUAGUAUUUGGACAGAAGAUUUAUGCAUAAUCUUGGGUAUUCUAAUGUUAUUCUUCACCCUACUCAUUUUUGUUCUACUUUAUACUCUGAAAGGAAUGCCACAGUUUCAGAUCUUACCUUUAAGUGUUUAAUCCACUUUGAAUUGACUUUUGUGGAUGAUAUAAGAAGAGAAGUGUCCAACUUCAUUCUUCAUAUAUGGAUAUUCAGUUUUCCCAGGACCAUUUAUUGAAGAGUCUAUCUUUCCUCUAUUGUGUGUUCUUGAUGUCUGUAUCAAAAAUUAUUUCACAAUAUAUGUAUGGAUUUAUUUUGG